AUGGAAACCGCUGUUAUCUCCGCUUCGCAGAGCGUCAAGCUGCGAACGUCGGCCGAUUGGAUCGAUUGGAUACGUGCUAUCCGCGAUGUCGCCGAAACCGAUCGUGUAUGGAAGUUUAUCGACCCCGAUACCCCUGAGAGUAUUCUUCCCGAACCGAGAGAGUGCCCUGAACCUCCGUCUCCCGAUGCGAAUGCAACCGCGAUCGAUCUGUAUAAGAUAAAUUAUCAGCGAUGGGAUCGAGAGGAGAGAGGACUAGCCAAUAUCAAGAGAGUGAUUAUGGCGACCAUUGAACCUGCAGUGAGGGAUCAGCUGUAUGAUAAACCUACUGUGCAUGGACGUCUAGUGACAUUGAGAGACCGAUAUUCCGAUUCUGGAAACCUCAAUGAGGAAUAUCGCCAGGACUAUAUGUACAAUGCAGUGUAUCCUCCACGGAAGGGAGAGGACGUAAAGGCAUUCGUACGUCGCUGGGAGAAGAUGAGGGAUCGGAUGAUCGCUAUUGGUGAGACCCAAAUGCAGUUUAAUAAGGACUUCCUGUUAGCAGUGAAGCAUCUGGCACCAAUGUGGCACACACAACAACUUCGACCUAUCACGAUCGAGAGCACCAAGAUAGAUAAUAGUGCGUUGGUGAAUGACUUCCUGGCUCACUACCGCGAGCACUUUGGUAGCGCACCAGCACCGGCGCCACCAACCAAUCUCCGAGGUCAUUCAGCACCAAGGGCUGCAUUCUCAACCCUCCAAGGUAGCACUGAGGCUGUACCAGAUUCGCCAAGUGCAGCAAAACCGGCCAAGAAGCGAUCGUUGAAGGAUGUGCCAAUGACUGAGCGAUGGUGCCCGUGUGAGAUCGGCCAAUUGGAGUGCCGAUUCGAGAACUCAAUCAAGAAUCAACCAGAUGCUCAAGGAUCAUCCUGA